CUUCCGUUCCCCAGCAAGUCUCGGCGGCAAGAAAUCGGAGUCCGUAGAAACUUCGUGGAUUGUUGCAGCUCAAGUCCCAACAGACGACUUGACCAGAAGUUGUCCGCUCAUUCUCCCUCCCGACCCUCCUCUCCUCACAACCCUCUAGUCAUGCUGUCCAGAUUUGCGCCGAGGCCUCUUGCCUCGUCGGUCAGACGCGCUGCCUUCCAGCCCAUCCGUGUCGCUCCUCAAGUGCUGAGAACCGUCACCACCGACGCCGCCAGCGCCCACGCCGAGAAGGAUGAUGUCCCCAGCGACGACAAGGCCUUCGAGGUCAAGCUCUCCGACGAGAGCUUCGAGACCUACGAGCUCGANCCNCCCUCAUUCACCCUCAAGACAACCAAGAAGGAGCUGAAGCAAAUGUACUACGACAUGGUCGCCAUGCGCCGCAUGGAGAUGGCCGCCGACAGACUGUACAAGGAGAAGAAGAUCCGCGGUUUCUGCCACUUGUCGACCGGUCAGGAGGCCGUCGCCGUCGGUAUCGAGCACGGUAUCACCAAGGAGGACUCGGUCAUCACCGCCUACCGCUGCCACGGUUUCGCCAUGAUGCGCGGCGCCUCGGUCAAGUCCAUCAUUGGCGAGCUGCUCGGCAGAAGAGAGGGUAUCGCCUACGGAAAGGGUGGUUCCAUGCACAUGUUCACCAAGGGCUUCUACGGCGGUAACGGUAUCGUCGGUGCUCAGGUCCCCGUCGGUGCCGGUCUCGCCUUUGCCGACCAGUACCAGGGCAAGAAGAACGUCUCCAUCUCCCUCUACGGUGACGGUGCCUCCAACCAGGGUCAGGUCUUUGAGGCCUACAACAUGGCCAAGCUGUGGAACCUCCCCGUCAUCUUUGCUUGCGAGAACAACAAGUACGGUAUGGGUACCGCCGCCAACCGCUCGUCUGCCAUCACCGAGUACUACAAGCGUGGUCAGUACAUCCCCGGUCUCAAGAUCAACGGUAUGGACGUCCUUGCCUGCAAGCAAGCCGUCGCGUUCGGCAAGCAGUGGGCCGCCGAGGGCAACGGUCCUCUCGUCUACGAAUUCGUCACCUACAGAUACGGAGGUCACUCCAUGUCCGACCCCGGUACCACCUACAGAGAGAUUCAGCGCAUGCGCAGCACCCAGGACCCCAUCGCCGGCCUCAAGCAAAAGAUCCUCGACUGGGAGGUCGCAUCCGAGUCGGAGCUCAAGAGCAUCGACAAGCAAGCCCGCGAGAGCGUCGACGCCGAGGUCAAGGAGGCCGAGGCCAUGCCCGCCCCCGACGCCACCCCCAAGAUUCUGUUCGAGGACAUUUACGUCCGCGGCUCCGAGCCCGAGUACCUUCGCGGCCGUAUCCCCGAGGAGAACUUUUACUACGAGAAGAACUAA